AUCUCAUGGAGCGCUCGGAGGAGGGAGGAGCCGCCGCCAGCCCGGCCGACAUGGCAGCCCUGCACGCAGCCAAGCGCGCCCUGCGAGCGGAGCUGAAGCGCCGCCUGAAAGGGCUGAGCGAAGCCGAGAAGGUCCGCCAGUCGCACCUGCUGGCCGGCAAGGUGAUGGCCCAUCCUCGCUACCUCGCUUCCCAGUGCAUUGCAGUCUUCUUAAGCAUGCCAGAUGAGGUCCGGACCAACGAAAUCAUUAAAGACAUUUUUCAAAAAGGCAAAGAAUGCUUCAUUCCAUGGUACAAGCCCCAAAGCAGCCACAUGGACAUGGUCAAGCUAGCUUCCUAUGAAGAAAUUGCCUCCCUUCCUCUGACAUCCUGGAAUAUCCAUCAACCAGCUGACGAUGACGCCCGGGAAGAUGCAUUGGCAAUGGCGG